AUGGAACAAGAACAACCACUGAAGCAGAAACAACAGGAAGGAGAGCCAGUUCAUCUCUUGAAUCAACUGCGAAAGAGAUUGAUUCUCAAGAAAGAAAAGAAGAGAACCCUUUUGGAAAAAUUAGGGUUCAUGUGCCAUCUGUUUUGCAUCUCCAAACACAGAACAAAGAUGGAUUAUCAUUAUCCAUGGUUUCGUAAAGCACAGGAGCUUAGAAAAGCUGGGAUUUGGUUCCAAGAAAGCGAAACCCGUCGGCUUACGGACGUCAGUUUCAGCCGGACAUUCUUCAUGGGAAAACUAUGGCUACCACGGAUCAUGGUGGACGACUCGACGGGGACUAGGUUCAUGAACUUGAUAACUUACAAAUACGAGCUCAUUGACGACGCCGGUGACGUUAAACUAUUGAGAGACCAUGGGUUGUUCCACGAUGUGCUUGGCAGUGAUGAAGAAGUGGCUAAACUUUUCAACACCAUGAGCACUGUGUUGGUUCCCAGUCCAGAAAUUUACCUUGACUUGAAGCUGCAGAUCGAGGAUCAUUGCCGGAAAAAGUGGAUCAGGCAUGCAGCUCAAGCUUAUCUCGCAUAUUUUAGCAGCCCUUGGACAAUUUUAGCAUUUCUGGGCGCCAAUGCUGCCCUUCUCAUGAGUGCUCUUCAGACUUAUUACGCCAUUAUUUCAGCAAAGUAA